AUGACUCACUCCAAUAGUGCCAAGUGUAAGAAUACGCGAGGAGCACGUCCCCAGCCGCCAAGCCAUUCAAGCAUAGAUGCUGCUGCUGAAAAUGCCACCCCCGUUGCUGUCAUUAAUUCUUCCAGCAUACCAAUAAUAGGAACGAAUCAAGAGCCAACACAAAUUACCUCAGCUAUUGCUCACCCUUGGAAUAAGGACGAAUUUUCCAGCAGGAUGCAGGAAAUAACACGUCAGUUGCAUGACAUCCGAGAGGAUGUGACAAUGAAUAUAAACAUGCUCGGGUUAUACUCUGGUGCAAGUUCAGUUCUCCAUCAAAGUACAGCCUCAGAUCCAUGCCGAAGAACAUCAAGUCUUCUUCAAGGCAAAGUGUAUGGGAGAGACAAAGAGAAGAACACAAUCAUAAAGGUGAUGACUGCUGGGAAAUCUGACAGUGUGACUGUCGUGCCUAUUGUAGGCAUUGGAGGUGCUGGGAAGACAGCUCUCGCACAAUUUGUAUAUAAUGAUCCGAAAGUGCAAAACCAAUUUGACCACAGCACAUGGGUCUGGGUGUCUAACAGCUUUGAUGAAAUGAGAAUCACAAGAGAGAUGUUAGAUAUUGUCCCUCGAGAAAAGCACAAAGGGUUAUGCAGCCUUGACAGACUUCAGCUGGUCUUGAAAACUCAUAUUGAAUCAAAGAGGGUUCUGGUUAUUUUAGAUGAUGUCUGGGAUGACCUGAAUGAUUGCAGAUUUAACCUAAUACUUGCUCCUUUCAAGUCAAACAAUGCAAAUGGCAGUGUGAUCCUUGUGACGACUAGAUAUCUCUCUGUUGCAAAAAGGAUAGGAACGACUGAACCAGUUGUGUUAGGUGCUCUGGAAGAUGACGAUUUAUGGUUAUUGUUCAAAGAACGAGCAUUUGGUGAUGAGAACUACGAAGGGCAUGGAAAUCUAACAAACAUUGGACGAAUAAUAGCAUGCGAGCUAAAAGGCAACCCAUUAGCAGCAGUAACUGCAGGGCAACUAUUAAGAGUUGAUCUUACUGUUGAUCAUUGGAUUAAUAUUCUCAAGGACGAAGACUGGAAAUUGGUGGGGCUCAGUGGAGGCAUCAUGGCUGCUUUGAAACUUAGCUAUGAUCAGUUGCCGUACCAUCUACACCAAUGUUUCUCAUAUUGUUCUAUAUUCCCUGACAGUUAUUGGUUUCUUGGCGAGGAGUUGGUCCGUAUUUGGAUUUCACAAGGAUUUGUCAAACAGAGCCACCAUCCAAGUAAGAAAUUAGAGGAGAUAGGAAUGGACUAUCUGGCUGAUUUGGUGAACCUGGGAUAUUUUCAGCAAGUUCAAAAAGACUCCUUUCUAGUCAGUCAAAAUUCAUAUGUUGUGUCUGGUCUUAUGUAUGAUUUUGCAAAGAUGGCUUCAAGAGCUGACUGCGCAAUUAUAGAUGGUCUACAAUGCAAUGAUAUAUUGCCAACUGUACAGCAUUUGAUAAUAGUAUACAACAAAUAUCAGCAGCAUGGAAACGUGUCUUGGAGUAACAACUUUAAAGAACAUUUGCGAAAUACAGUUACAUCCGUGAGAAAACUGAGGACAUUACUGUUAAUUGGGCAAUAUGACUGUUCCUUCUUCCAAUCCUUCAAAGGCAUAUUCCAAAAGGCACAUGAUAUACGUCUGCUACAGAUAUCUGCAACAUUUCAAGAAGAAAAAACAUAUAAAGAUUUUAAUUCGCUCAUGCACAGUUCUGUAAAUCCUACUCAUCUUCGCUACCUAAAACUAACGGCCAAGGAGCUGCAAGGAGAUUUGCCUCAGUUUUUGAGCAAUUUUUGCCACCUUCAAGUAUUAGAUGUUGGCUCAAAUUACCUUAAUGUACCUCAUAGCAUGAAUAAUCUUGUCAGUUUGCGCCAUCUUGUGGCAGUUUCCAUUGCUAGAAUUGGCAGGUUGGCCUCACUUCAGACACUAAACAAUUUCAGCGUAGAUGAUUCUGAUGGCUUUCGGAUUAUAGAACUUCAAUCCAUGAACGAUCUUGCCCAGCUUAGGAUUUCUCAACUUCAAAAUGUUAAAACUCGGGAGGAGGCUUGUGGGGCAGGACUGAGAUAUAAACGACACUUGGAAAAGCUGCACUUGUCCUGGAAUAUGUCAGAUGUUGAAUCUGACUCGGAUGGCAGCAAUGAAUCUGACUCGGAUGACAACAAUGAAUCUGACUCGGAUGACAGCAAUGAAUGCGAGAAUGUCAUGAGCUCUGAACCUUCUACCAGCAUAGAAACAGAGGAGUGCUUGCCAACAGAGGUGCAUAUGGGUCUUGCAAGUUCUACCAGCAUCGUGGAAAUGGAGGAACGCUUGCUAACACAGAUGAAUGAGGUUCUUGAACCUUCUACCAGCAUAGAAAAUGAGGGGUGCUCUCCGGCAGAGGUGCUUGAGGGUCUUAGACCAUACAACAACCUAAAGCAUCUUGAGAUAUCUGGAUAUAAUGGUGUUACCUCUCCUUCUUGGCUUGCUAGCAAUACCUCUUUACAGACUCUGUAUUUGGAUAGCUGUAGAAAAUGGCGGAUACUUCCAUCUCUGCAAAGGCUUCCGCUUCUUAGAAAAUUGAAGUUAAGAGGUAUGCCAAAAGUAGUAAAAAUAUCAGUUCCUUCAUUAGAGGAGCUGCUGUUAAUUGAAAUGCCAAAGUUGGAGACAUGCUCCUGCACUUCUAUGAGGGAGUUGAACUCUUGUUUAAGGGUUCUGAAAAUUAAGAAUUGCACUGUACUGAAGGAGUUUGAUCUGUUUGGGAACAGCCAUGAAUUUAAAAUUGAGCUGAAGUCAUGGUUGCCACGUAUUUGGGAACUCAUUAUCCACAACUGUCCUCUUUUGCUGGUAUCACACCCUUUACCAUCUUCAAGUACUGUUUCUAGGAUUUCCAUGAGCGGAAUUCCAAAAUUUCCAAGAAUAGAUUCACGGUCCUGCGGAAGUUUAACCAUCGGCGAGGAUCCUGAGAUGUCUGAUUCUGAUGAUGAAUAUGGUUCUGGUGAGGAUCGUUUUGACAAGUUCUCUGAUAAUCUAUCAGUGUUAGAUGGAAAUAUUUUGGCAUUCCAUAAUCCAAGGUUCCUGACAAAGUUGACAAUAAGUCGUUGCCGAAAUCUAAUGUAUAUUUCAUUCAAAGGAUUAAGUCAACUUGUAUCCUUAAAGAGACUGGAAAUAGUGGACUGUCCAGAACCUUUUGGUUUCAAUGUUCCACCAGACCAUACCCAUGAAGAUUUAUUUGAAGCUGAUACCCAUGAAGAUUUGACAGCUGCAAAUUGGAAUGCCCUCCCAUCUCUUGAAUAUUUAGAGAUUUUUUCAUGUGGAAUAACGUGGCAGUGGCUAUCUGUGAUUCUACAACAUGCGCCAGCACUAACGGAAUUGAAUUUAAAGAACUGCCCAGAAUUGGAAUCUCUACAACUGAACUCCUGCACGACACUGCAAAAGUUGAGGGUAUAUAACUGUGAAUCGCUCGGCACACUAGAGGUCUUGCAAUCCCGUUCCCUCAGGGAUAUGGAAGUAUAUCAUGUCCCAAAAUUGAAAUCCCUACAGCUGCACUCUUGUACGGCAAUGGAAGAGUUGGUCAUCCGUGGAGCUGCAGUCUGCAUGCUAAGGGGCUCGCAAUCACUCAGGCAGUUGCGACUCCAUGCAAGCCAGUAUUUGGAAUCUCUACACCUGUACUCCUGCACGGCACUGCAAGAGUUGGAUAUUUGGAGGUGUGCAUCACUCUCUACACUAGUGGGCUUUCAAUCCCUUGGCAGCCUCAGGCGUUUGAUUCUACAUGAUUGCUGUGGCUUGCAUUCAUGUUUGGAGGGUUUGCCAGAGCAGGACUACGAAUUAUGCCCUCGACUGGAAUUUCUUGAAAUCAGUGAUUUCUCUUUCCUUGCCACAUCGUUCUGCAAGCAACUCACAUCACUCCAGCGGCUAGUUAUUAGUGGUUUUGCAGAAAAAACAACAGCAGAAGGACUGACAGAUGAGGAAGAGAGAGGGCUUCUGCUCCUCGGUUCCCUCACAGAGCUCCAAUUUGCAUAUUACAGGCCUCUCAAAUAUCUUCCUGCAGGCCUGUACAGACUUCGCUCCCUCCAGGUGUUGGAUAUUUCAUUUUGUCCGAGCAUCUCAGGAUUGCCGGACCUCCCGCCUUUUCUAGAGGAGUUGAAAGUCUUCCGGGGCAGUGAGGAGCUGAAACGUCAAUCCAAAUCGCUAGUGUCAAGCAAGUUAAAGGUCAAAAUUGACGACCAAUAUGUGAGCUGA